AUGUCCCGCAGCCAAACAGAACCCUCAAAGUUGGGCCGCAAGCCCACGACACACGUGGCUGGUACACCCGAGGGAGAAGUGGACAUCCGCCUGUUACCGCGUUCCCCUACAACCCAAAAUCACCUCCACAAUCACAUCAAGAGCUGCAACGAUAAUAAAUAUGAUGCGCUGGUGAAGAUUAAGACUGAACAUGAGGAUCUGACGCCCACCAGAAGCUCCAGUAAUCAGCAAACGUCCUCUGGUACUGUCAGCAUUAACACCUCUCUCAGUCCCACACAGGAAGAAGGAAACGUCUGCUCACACUGUGGAAAGAGCUUCAGUACUCAGAGUGCUCUCAAAAUACACCAGCGCAUUCACACUGGAGAGAAACCGUAUCGGUGCUCACAGUGUGGGAAAAGCUUCAGUACCCGGAGUAAACUCAAAAUACACCAGCGCAUUCACACCGGAGAGAAACCCUAUUCCUGCUCACAGUGUGGGAAGAGUUUUAAUCAACAGGAACAUCUGAAGUUACACCAGCGCAUUCACACUGGAGAAAAACCAUAUCAGUGCUUACAGUGUGGGAAGAGUUUUAAUCAACAGAGUGCUCUCAAAAUGCACCAGCGCAUUCACACUGGAGCAAAACCGUAUUACUGCUCACAGUGUGAAAAAAGUUUUAGUCAACAGAGUCAUCUUGAAAGACAUCAGCGCAUUCACACUGGAGAGAGACCUUAUCACUGCUCACAGUGUGAAAAAAGUUUUAGUCGACAGAGUCAUCUUGAAAGACACCAGCGCAUUCACACUGGAGAGCGACCCUAUCAGUGUUCACAGUGUGAGAAGAGUUUUACCUCAGAAAGUAAUCUGAAAAUGCACCAGCGCACUCACACUUGCGUGAAACCGUAUCAGUGUUCCCAGUGUGAGAAGAGUUUUACCACAAAUGGUUCUCUGAAAAUACACCAGCACAUUCACACCGGAGCAAAACCGUAUCGGUGCUUAGAGUGUGAGAAGAGUUUUAAGCAUCUGAGCCCUUUGAGACGACACCAGCGCACUCACACUGGAGAGAAAGCGCAUCAGUGAGGAAAGAGUUUUACUGAGCAGAGAACUGGACAAAUGAAAGGAAGUGUGUUUGUGCUCAGCAGUUCUGUAAUCGUGCUGUAAGCAAACUGCUGCUCCGGUAUCAUGUGGUCUGGAAAAAUUAAUGCAACUCUGGACAGAAAUAAAUGUUGUGAUGUUGCAGAAGCUUGUGGAAACGAUGCCACAGCGAAUACGUGCCGUAAUCAAAGCUAAAGGCGCUACAACCAAAUAUUAGAGUGGGUGACCUUUUUUUUUGGCCAGGCAGUGUGGGUCAGUAGUUAGAGCAGCUGGUUCCAUUGCUUUAAAGUGGAACCUUCAGCAUGUAAAGUGUAAUAAUGAAGCAUCCUGAUCAACAAAGAUCCUCCCACCAUAAAUGUUCUGGACCUUGAGGAACUGAACUUUUUAAUCGCUUUUAAUAAGAUCAAACUAUUUUCUUUUAAAUAUGUCAGAUAUUUUGUCGUUCCUGAUGUUUUAAUUCAU